CUUGUAGUGAAGGUAAAUCUUGUUAUGUCGGUUGUGAUUUUAAUGGUGUCCUAAGCGCGGCCGCAUGCCAAGAUGGGAGCGUGUCGCAGCCCCAAGAGGACAUUGGUAAUGGAGAAUACAGAUUAGACGGGUGUGAGCGGCUGCCACGGCGAGAGUGAGAGCGAGAGAGUAGCCAGGAUGACCGCCAUGUCGGCGGAGGAGCGCCAGCACGAGGACCUGUGCGGCGGCGGGGCGCUGAGUCGCGAGGCCUCGCCCGCCCCGGCGCGCCCUGCCCGCGCCGGCUCCCCGCUCGACCUAAGCCGGGAGGAGGCCCUGCACGCCCACGCCCACGUCCGCCACGGUGACGCCCGCAGCCCCAAGGGCGGCCAUGGGCGGCUCUCCUUCAGUAUCUCGUCGCUCUUGGAGUCAUCGGGGCGCGCGGCGGCGCUCCGCCACCGCCUGCUGGAGGAGGCCAGCGAGGAGGAGCGGGAGAGCGAAGGAUAUGGCGGCGGCCGCAGUGAAAGGGACAGUGAAAGGGGCGAGAGGGACAGUGAGAGGGGCAGUGACCGGGGGGAUCGGGAAGAGCGAGAUGGGGACGACCGCGAGAGGCUGAGCUGCGGCGGCAGCGAGCCUGAAGGCGAGGGUGACGAUGAGGAGGGCGAUGCGCGUCCCUUCCAGCCCUUCACCUACACCCACAUGCCCUUCAUGGGCGCAGGCGGUCUGCUGCCGCCCUUUAACCUGGUGCCGCCCAUGAGCGCUGCCGCGGCCGCCGUAGCAGCGGGCCUUGGGUCGCAAGCGACACUGGCGCCCAUGGGCGGACCAGGCAGCGUCAUCCGCGUGCCAGCACACCGGCCCUCCAUGGGCGGUGCAGGGCCUGGCGGCGCCCUGGGAGCCAUGCUGCCACACAUGGGCGGCGCGCCUCUUCCCUGGUUAGCGGGACUCACGCCCCUGGAACGGACGGCAGCCAUGGCGCACCACUUGUCGGCCCUGGCGCCAAUCACAGGUCCCUUUGGAUUCCCUCGGCGGAUCGGUCACCCCUACCAGUCCCGGACACCCCCUAAGAGGAAGAAACCCCGCACCUCCUUCACCAGAGUACAGGUGAACGAGCUGGAGAAGAGGUUCAACAAGCAGAAGUACCUGGCGUCCAGCGAGAGAGCCCAGCUGGCCAAGCAACUCAAGAUGACGGACGCGCAGGUCAAGACGUGGUUUCAGAAUCGUAGGACAAAGUGGAGGAAAUCUAAUUCGUGUUUCCCCGACAGGCGCCAGGAGGCCGAGGACCGCGAGCAGGAACGGAACGCCACCAACCGCCUCAUGCUGGGGAUCUCUCCUGAAGGAUCCGCCAAGCCCCUGUACCCGAGCUCCGACGACUCCUCCCUCACCCCCCUGCCUUCAGUCCAGGUCCAGAACGCCAGUCCGACCCUCCCCGCGGUGUGAGGGGCGCGUGGAGGGGCCGGAGGGGUGACGCAGAGAAAACCCCUCGGCGAGCAUUAAUAGAAUUUCAGCCUCAGAGCAAGACUUGGUUCACUCCCCUCACUGGUGUCCUCCUCCGCCCUCCCUCCACUCCCACUCCCGCCUCUGCCUCACCCUACCGCGGAAGAGAGGAGAGGAGGAAAGGAGGAGAAGAAAGAGGGGAGAGAGUGAGGCGCUCUUAGGAUGCAAGCUCUCUUGAAGGUCACUCGGCGAAGGAUUCCAACGUGGUGUGGAGACGAGAGCCGAGAAGGACACCUGGGAGACUCCCUUAGUAGCGUUAGGUGGAGAGGAUUAUACGUGGCGGCGGCGGGACUCGUUGUGUGCUGCCCCGGACACGGUAACAGGACAGUGAAGGCAUGUAGGUGUGUGUGCUGUGUACCACCGUCGCCCAGUGUGUUACCGAGUGAUGACUUACUGUGAACGGAAGAGCGACGAGUGACGCGCUACGGAGAAGUGACGAGUAGCAGAAGUGAGUGUUAGAGUGACAUGAGCCUGUAGUGAGCGCCGGACAGUAUAAGUGAGCUCAUUUAAGGUUCUGCUAUAGACAAUACAAAUCGUUCUCAGUUCCCGUGUUUUUAGCGAAAUAUUCAAUCCUGUUCCAACACGCGCCUUACUCAAACUUUCGCUCCUUUCUUUGGAUUAACGACUCAUAGUGAUUAUUUUCGACUCCCUGUUAAUUUCCCCAGCAUUAAACUAGACGUGUAACUCCGGUGGUGUUGCUAGGAGGUGGCAAUCCUCUGUAGAGCGGCUAUGGGGGAUGUGAGUGUAUAUAGACAGUAUUGAACCCUCUUUAGCAACCCUCCUCCUCUCUACCCUUGUGCCCAUCCCUCUCCCCCUCUCCCCCUCCUCCCGCACCCUGUUCAAGGAUACGCGAAAAAACAGACGCUAGUUGUCACUUCUGAUCCACAAAGAAAAAAAUAUAUAGCCAUAACAAAGAAAACAGAUUUAUUACCACUUAAAAAAGUAAAUGUAUCAAUAAAUUAUAAGUAAAAUAGAGGAAAACCUUCAAUUUAUGGGGAAAAAAGAACAAUCCGAAUUAUUUUUACCCGGAAAACACACAGCAAAAAAAAAAAUUAAAUAAAUAAAAAAAACAAAUAAAAAAA